AGUUGUUUUUAAUUUAGCAGUCGGGCCCACUUGGGACUAGAUUUCCCUCAAUGUGGCCCCUGAGCUAAAAUGAGUUUGACACCCCUGCUCUAGAGAAAACAGGAGGUCCUAACUUCAAAAUUAAACGUAGGUAAAAUUUUAACUAACUGUUGACAUAAAAGCGUGUUUUAUAUUAUUUGCAAUAUUUGAAUGGCUGACAGCUGAAAUAGGGACACGCAAAGGCUUCGCGCGCCCCCGCGGGGCCCGUGCACUCUUCAGCAGAUCAUCACUCAGGCGGGAGGUCCAGAAGCAGCAGCAUGCGGGACAAGAAGCCCGGAGCUGAUUCCCGAACCGGUAUCCUCUCAUCCAGAGUCUCUGUCUGAAACGUUUUGAGGAGGUCUGGAAAGUUGUGCGCUCGCACUUCUGUGAAGUUCUGCCCUGACUGGACCGCCGGAACCGGACGGAGGAGGAGAUGGAACCCCCCUGCUGUCUCCUGCAGGUCCUGAUGCUGCUCCUCUCCCUGCGUUUCUGGAUCCAGGAGGGCACGUGCCAACACUUCUACCUCAUCCGACCGAUUCCGAGCGACUCUCUGCCCGUGGAGGUCCCGAAGGAGGACCCGGAUCCGUUUCUGGACCCGAAGGAGAAGGACCUAAAUGAGACAGAGCUCAGAAUGGUUCUGGGCAGCCACUUCGACCCGGACUUCAUGUGCGGUUCCCCGCCAAAGGAUCAUUAUGAGAAGGAACCGGAGCCGGGUCCAAAGCCCUCCCUACCAAUUCCCAAAGAGAUUCAAGCCAUGGAGUUCGAGGUACAGUUCGGCAUGAAGCAGAAGUCAAACCGGAAGCUGCGGCGGCGGCUGCAACAGCUGCUAUGGGUGCACACGCUGUGCCCGGUUCUGUACGCAUGGACCGACCUGGGCCUCCGGUUCUGGCCGCGGUACCUGAAGUCGGGUAGCUGCUAUAAUAAGCGGUCAUGUUCGGUUCCUGAGGGAAUGAUGUGCAGACCCGCUAAAGCCACCCAUCUGACCUUCCUGAGAUGGCUCUGCCCGCAGAGAAAGAUGCCUCUGAAGUGCUCCUGGAUCCCGGUUCUGAUACCGGUCAUAUCCGAGUGCAGGUGUGCCUGUCCGAACCGGGACUGAACACUUUCAUUAAAAACAGCAUCAGAAAUAUAAUCUGUCAGUUCAUUUAUAAGGGCAAUACACUGUCUGCCCUGAAAAUCCAAACCUAAGUUUUCUGAUAAACUAGCUCAGUAGAAAAAAAUUAUGCAGAUUCCUUCA